AAUGCUCUGCUAGCUAACAGUUAGCCUCCAAUCUCAAAGUACUCGCAGCGGCAGACAGUCUCCAAAAUGCCGAGGCAACAGGAUUGGCACGAUAAGGAUUUAGGGUCCAGCUGUUAAAUGUGUUGACUGGUGCCUUAUCAUACAGGCAACUUUUAGGACAUUAUGCCAGAGAUGACUGAAACUCAGACACCUGGUCGUAAACCCAAAAAGAAGAAAAACAAAGAAUCUCACAAUGCAGUUGAGAGACACAGGAAAGAGAAGAUUAAUGCUGGGAUUAACCGCAUUGGUAAUCUUCUGCCCUGUUCCCAGGCACUUAAACAGAGUAAGAACAUGAUCUUGGACCAGGCCUUUCGCUACAUCACUGAGCUGAAGAAACAAAAUGAUACAUUGCUUCUGGAAGGAGGAGAUAAAGUCCAAGCGGAGGAGAUUCGUCGGCUGCGGCGUCAGAUGGAGGAGUUGAGGAGGGAGAGCGCUCACUACAUUGAGCUCCUCAAAGCCCAUGAUAUUAAUAUCCUAGAGGACCCCACAAUUCACUGGAAGGGCAAACAGCGUUGUGCCAAGGUGGCAAAGGUGACCCCUACUCACCAACUCCCAAAGGGGAUCAUCGUCUAUUCCAACGGCAAUGUGAUGUGCCCAGCAGGGAAGGAGACGAGCCCAGCGAAACAGCCCUCUGAAACAAUAAUUCUUCAGCCACCUUCUGAGGUCAGUGCCAGGUUGAGGGUUAAUGGAGCCGUGCUGCAAGUUAAUACCUCGUCCUCCACCCCUGCUCUUCUCCCUGGUUCGACCGCCACACCCAUCCAAUCUACACCAGGCCUGAGAAUGAUAGAGCAGUGUGUGGUCGAGACACCGGCUGCAGCCCCCACUCUGCCACCCUCUGUGUCUUACAUCACCCUGCAGAUCCCUGCUGCCACCGCAGCCCUGCCCCAACAACCACAACCUGCCGCUCCAGCCCCAACCCUCACCAUAGCAGCCACACCAGCCUCACAGCUUCUGACUGAAAGCCCCGCUCAGCCUAAUCUCACUACGCUUACCCAAGCUAUAAACACAUCCAGAGCAGCAGCCUCAGAGGUUUGCUCUUGGGUCACACAGGACACUGCCAUGAGGACUAUAAGUUACACUGCUAUUCCCAAUAGCCAAACCCUUCUUAGAGCUGGGGCGGCAGGCAGCACACAGACAACCUGGACAACGCUGCAGAUGGCAGGAAACACAGUGCAGCCAGUCUGCCAGAGUCUUCCCACCCCAGAGGUCAUCAACACCACCCAGGCUGUCCAGCAGGUCACUGUGUGUCCAAUGGGCAACAAACCUUCUGUUCAGCCCAUUCAAAUACAGAUGCAACCACACGUGCCUGUACAGCAAGCACCCAUUACAGCCCACAUUCAAGCGCAGCCCUUUCAGAGACAGCCCCAGCUACGGCCAGCGAUCCUGAACCAGGCACAGCCUCAGAGUGUUCUGGCUCCCCAGCCACAGUGUGCAGUUCUCUCCCAGUCAGCCAUAGUGCCCCAGCCAGGUGUGGUGGCCCAUCCUGCUGUCGUGUCAUCACAGCCCCAGCCUGCUGUACUUCAGCCAGCAUCAUUGGUUCCCCAUCCUUCAACCGCCCUCAUACCUCAGCCUCAGCCCAUCUCUCAGCCAGCCCUGGUGCCCCAGCCACAGGCCACUGUGCUGCCCCUCCUUCAGACCAUGCAGGUGCUGCAGGUCAACCCAACUGGAGGGACAGUCGCAGCAGUGACAGCACCACAGAACACUAACAACCCAAGUGUGGUCAUCCUGCAGCAGGCAGGUUCUUGCCCAACCCAGUCAGUCGUAAGGGAGGAAAUACCCAAUCAGACACCGUGUCAGCAUAUUGUAAUUAUCCAAGCACCCAAUCAGGUUGCUCCUGCCCCUCAAAAUCCUCAGGUUGGCAUGGUGCCUGCUGCUGUGCCUACUGCAGUACCUGUUGUGUCCACUCAAAUACCCACAACCAGCUGUUCAACAUCUGCCACUUCCCUACAGAGUGUUGGAGGAAAGCAACUGGUGCACAUUCUCCCACGCCCUGUUCAGCCUCAAAUUAACCAUCCCGUUCAGGUCACACAGGCUUCCUCUUCCCCACCGGUUCCCCCAACCCCACAGACUAUCACUGUGAACGGUCAGGUGUUUGCCUUGCAGCCCAUGAAGACGUCUGACAAAUCCAGCUCCCAGGCCGGCCAGAGUACACUCCAGCUGGUCCAGCCCACCACCACUGAGGAACCAACUACUAAUGUGGCCCUCAACAGUUUAGGUGCACUCAGCAGUCUCAAUCAGAGCAUCUCUCAGGGCCUUCCACUCACUAUUUCUAGUCAGAACAUUAUUCAGCCUCCAGCUGCUCCAUCAUCAGUAGUCCAGCAGAAGCAGCCACCUGCUCCACCAUCCAUCCCUGGAACUGCACUUGCUCUACCUGCCCGGCAGCUACAGGUCCCUGGUUUGAACCCAGUCAAAUCAGGCCCGGUGGUUAAUGCCUCUAAGCCUCCAGGAAAAAGGCUUCGCACACCUUUGAAUAUAAAGAGGGCAACAGCUAAAAGGGCUAAACCAGUCAAGAAAAAGGAGCUCAGUCAGGCUCCGCCUGCUGCUGCUGUUUAUGCCAAACCUGUGGUUGCUGCAGGAGAAAUACAGACAGGUCAAGUUUCAGUAACUCAAGUUUUACAGUCCCCGGCAAUGAAAGUCACAGAAAUUCCCCCCACUUGUACCACAGUUGUUACAACUACAGAUUGUAGUGAAGCUGUAGGGAAUGUCACCUCUUCACAAAACACUCAAUUAAUGAUUGUGUGUAGUUCAUCAAGUGAGUCAACUGUACUUAGUCAAUCUCAUUCACAGAGCAAAAUCUCUGUCAGUGCAACUCAAACAGAUGUUGUAUUCAGUCACACUAACACUGGUGGUGUGGCAACUGCAGUUACAACUGUCAGUGCCACAUCGGUCAAGCCAACAGUUAGUGCAGCUGUGUCCACUGAGAGUAAACCAGCUGUAGCUUCUGGCAACAACUCAACUGUAACCAAACUCUCAGUUCCAGAGGUUAAACAACCGACCACCAGUUCAGCAACUAGCACAACACAAAGUAAGUCAGCUGCCACCACGGCUGUUUCUAAACCAAGCAAACCUGUGGUCAGUUCUGCAGGCACUACUGAGACUCUGUCCACCACCAUUUCUACUGCAUGUCUGACUCCAGCGUGCACCAGCAGUAUCCCAACAACUGCACCAGUAUCUUUAAAUCAGGCUACCCAACCAACUUCAGUAUGUCGUGCACUGGUAUCUAACACCCAAGAUCCUCUGCCCUGUAGUAAACCUCAGUCUCAGCCCACAACUUCACCCUUGGUAACCACAACUGCAGCACUCACAUUACCUGUGUCAACAUUUUCUGCAGCUCACAGCUCUGUUACAACCCCUACGACAAGUUCAGAGUUUAGGAAAAGGGUCACGACCAAUAAAGCAUCAACGCAGCAGCCGGAUGUGAAUAUGCCCAACCCCGCCCCCUGCCAUCCUGCUGAAGUCAAACCACCCCAGCCUCCAAGAAGAGACAGGGAGGCUCAGGUAGACGGACACUCCACAGCAGCAGAGAAAGAUGGCAUGGUGGCUGCAACUUCUGGUGCCCCCUCUAGAAAGGAUUUUGCUCUGUCACAACAGGUAUACACCAACCUCGACGAUCAAACUAUAGAACACCCGAUGACAUCUAGCAGACAGACAGAUUCUCCCAUGGCUUCAGGGGCCGGGGGAGGCAGAGGGUUCUCCGUGGCAUCCAUGCUUCCUCAGGGCCACACUAUUAGUGCGUCAUCUGGCUCCUUUGGAACAUUUACAUUCACCUCUGAGCAGGCAGAAAUGCUGGCGUUGGCCAUGCUAGAACAGGACAGUCCAGGAAGGCGGAGUGGAGGCUGCUCUGGAAACAGUGCUUCAACAAACCCAACCGCAGCCACAUGGGAGCCUCCGAAAACCCCAGCAGUGUCUAGCAGUAAAGACAGGGGCUCAACUGGACAGCAGGUAAAAGUGACUAAACCCAUGGACACAGUAACCGGUAAACCUGCUGCCCCUGUCAGAGCUCAGGCUGGGGAGGCGCCCAAUGGAAGCAGACAUCAACAAAACAUCUCAUACUCCCAGUCUCAGCCUCUCCCCCAGGUCCAGUCUCAGAGCUCAUCCCAGAGCGGCACUAGCCUCAGUGUAAACAACCUGAUCAGGCCCAGCUCCAUUCAGCAACCCUAUCCUGGCUCUCCCAGUCUUGCUGGCCAACAGGUCUCAGUCCCCUCACCUGUAGGGACUUCAGCCCACAUAUCCCAACCCUCAAACAACACCCUCUCACCCUGCCCAGGUGCAGCCCAACUAAAUGAGUACACCCCCUUAAAGACUGCAUUAAUGAGGGCUCAGGCUGGACUUGGUGGUAGUGAGCGACAAGUUAAGAUCAUCUCCAAGCGGCAGGCCCAGGAGGAGGUGAUGCUAAACACUGGAAAACGUCCCAAGCCUUGCCCUCCUUCAGCUACCACUGUUAGCCACAUGGACGUGAAAGCACCAGACCACAGCCAGAUGAUGGUGGGACAGCUGCCCCCCACGUCCUCAGCUGUCAUGACAAGGAUUAAUUCAGAGAGCGGAGGCCCCCUCUUCUCCACAAACUCUUUCAUGAGCCCCGUAGUUCGGCCCACGGAUGGCCACUGCCCUCCUCAAGGACCCCCUGAGCAAAACCAACCAGGUGUGCUUCACCUGCCGCAGGGUCAUCCACAGCAUGCUGCGACCCAGCCUGGCCAGCACCUGGGAGGAAACCUCUACAUGAAGCAGCAGCAAGAGCAACAGAGACAUCAUCUGUAUCAUCUGCAGCACCACCUGACGCAGCCUGACGCCGCACAGCGCCACUCACUACACCAGAGGGCGCUUCAGCAGCAGGAGCAGCAGCAGCAUGUGCAGAAGAAACGGGGACUUGUCAGAGGCAGUCAAAGUGGUUCACCUGCUGGCUUGCAACAGAAGCAGCACCAUUUGGAGAAAUCUGGAGUUCAGCAGCAGCACUCACAUCAACAACAACAACAACAGACGCAGCAUCAGCAGCACGCACAGCCGCCGCAGCAGUCACAGCAGCAUCAACAGUCACACCAACAAUCACAACAGCAUCAACAGCCAACACAACACCAACAGUCACAUCCACAACAGCACCAACAGCAAACGCAUCAACAGCAGCCACAGACACAACAUCAACAACACCAACAGCAGCAGCAGUUACAGCAGCAGCAGCAGAGCUCCCACUCCAGACACCAGCAGCAUCUACAGCAGCAGAUCCAACAGCAGCAGCAGCAGCAGCAGCAGCACUUUAGACACCAGGAGAAGAGCUGUGAGGCCCAGGCAGCAGGAUCUAGGGCCCACCACAGCAGCCACCUGGCCCAGCAGGAGCACCUCAAGCCUGGACAAGAUCAUAGUGCUAUGCAGAGGAUGAUGAGCACUCGGACUCUGGAGCAGCAGCUCAUCCCUCCUCCCAGCAACCCUGUGUCCCGCUCGUCUGACCUGGCCUGCGCUCCGACACGGCAGGAACGCCACCGUGUUUCCAGCUACUCCGCAGAAGCACUCAUCGGUAAAAGUUCCACCAGCGGUGAACAGCAACAGCGCAUGGGUCUCCACCUUCAGCCUGGCCGUGGUGCCACACAGGAGCAGCCAGACCUUCGCGGUUACUUGGACACAUCACGCGGGAAGGCCAACAUCGCACACAACCCACAGAACCGCCUGCCCUCUGACCAUCCAGGACCCGCUGAUGUUCAGCGGGUCUCAGAGUGUCCACCAUUCAAGGCCAUGGGGGGAGGAGCCCAUCAGCUUGGUGGUUUUGAGGCUCAGGUUUCUCGUGGGAGUGACAUGGCCCCGAAGUCAGUGCCGUCUUCCCAGAGGGGCCCGCAGGGACAACAGCAGGGCGGGUUUAGGAUGGGUGUCGGCCCUCCAGCGGACGGUAGGAACCGCUACAGUGCAGCUCAUCCCGGCUCACAGGGAGUACAGGUCGGCCUCCCGCGGGAGCAGGAAGGUUGUCACCAGAGUUUCAUGCAAAGCCUCCUUUCCCCUCACCUGCCUGAGCAGAGCAACCACCAGCGAGCAGUGCAGUGCUGUCCCCCAGUCAGCAUGGAGUACAGCUGCGUGCCGGGAAGCUCUUCAGGAGACAUACAGGCCAAGGCGUCCAGCCCCAGUGUGCCCCAGACACAGAAGGCUCCAGCGAUGCGGCUCGGAGAGGGCAACAAGGGCCACAUUUCUCAGGUCAGCAGUAAUAUGCAUGGAGGCCCAGGUGUGCGUGCAGGUCUCCCCCACCCUCCAACCCCACACAGCAGCUCUGAGCCCGGCCGCUCCUCAGCCCCUUCCAGACCUCCUACUGCAGUGAGCCAGCACUCUCGCCACAUCGCCAGAGACACUCAGCCCACCAAACUGAGACCUGGUGACCGGCCUCGAUCAGGAGCUCUGAGACAGAGCAACCCCUUUGAGCCUGAGGGCCACCUGCCUCUGCCGUCAGGAGGAGGCAUGCUGCUGAGCAGACCGCAGUCUGGAGGAGAGGCCCGACGCAGCACUAUCGUUCGCUUUAUGGCAGAUAGUGCUCAGGUUCCGAGCGACAACAAUCUGGUUCCUGACCAACACCUGACACAGAACUUUGGUUUCCCCUUUAUUCCAGAGGGAGGGAUGAAUCCUCCACCUCCCAUCAAUGCGAACUCCACAUUCAUCCCUCCUGUCAGCCAGCCCAACGCCUCCCGCACGCCGUCCCUUCUGCCUGUGGAGCCCCAGAACACUUUAUCCUCCUUCUACACUUCUUAUUCUCCAGCUGCUCACCCGAGCCUCCCCAGCGAUGUCACCCUCCAGUACUUAUCCAACCAAAUGUUUACCAGCCCGAGUGCCGACAAGGGCAGCGCUCCUCCGCUCAAUAACCGCUUUGGCUCUAUCCUCUCCCCACCUCGCCCUGUCGGUUUUGGCCAGCCCAGCUUCCCCUUGCUUCCAGAUAUGCCCCCCAUGCCCAUUGCCAACUCAUCUGGAAUCACCCCACACAUAUCCAACUUCAGCCUCACCUCGUUGUUCCCUGAGAUCGCCACAGGCAUGCCCACCGACGGUUCGGCCAUGCCGAUGUCUCCCCUGCUGUCUCUCUCCAACACGUCGGCUGCCGACUCUGGUAAGCAGCCCAAUCGUCCUGCCCACAACAUCAGCCACAUUCUGGGCCACGAUGGCAGCUCAGCCGUGUGAGGAGACGUCCUGCUGCAUUGUGAUGAACUGGGGUUCUGAAAUGAUGAGAUUUAUUUUCUAUUAGGGAUAUGUUGCUCUUUUAACUGUUCGAGUUCAGAAAGUGGUGAAGCACCUGAAAAAACGGUUUCUAGGUUGAAAUGACACCACGUCUGUCUGAUUGUUUACACGUUCACAGUUUCAAUCUCAAAUUUGUUCCGUUCGGCAUACUUGUGAUGUCAAAGUUAUAAUUUGUAAUAUUUCAGAAAACUUUUGAUUUUAAGGGCGCAGGAAAAUAUGAUUCCUUAAAACUCUUCAUUUGAAAUGUUGGUAAAACCGACUGUUUGGUAGUAAAACAAAAUCAAAUUUAGGUUUAGAACAUUAAUUGAUGUUUUCUGGAUCAUUAAGAAACCUUCUGCACAGUUACCUACCAAUGUAAUUUACUAACUUAUCAGGUUCUACUGUACAGAAUCAUUUUUUCCAAGAGCUAUUUUGUAAAUACCAAUGUUUCAUAUCAGAAUUGUUAGAUUAUGUAUGUAUUUGUAAAUACAAAAUUGAUUAAUAAAGUUUAUAAGGAGACAUUUGUA